AAUUACGAGUAAUCUACAUUCUACAAUUGCAUGGUAGCGGAUUGUUUACUAUUUAAAGCUAGCAUGCGUAAGAAAUGGCUAAUUUCGGGGUCGGAAUAUAUGUUUUGUUUGUAAUUUGGUUUCUAACGCUACUAUUUUGUUGGGUGUCUGUGCGGACUGGGCACUACAUAGGAAAGAUCUGUGUUGUAAUUUCAGUUAUUAUCACAAUUGUUCUUGUGCUGUUGCCAAAAGGGGACGAGUUGCAGGCGGCUGCCAACUUUUACGACAAGUCUUACAUACCGCGCGUAACGACUUUAUCGUGUUUGAUCUUAAGCCUGAUAGGGAGUCUAGUGUACUGCUUUAUUACUGUCUGCCUUACGCCAGUGAGAACUCGAAAAGUUAAAGACUUGGUUACUAACUCCUACUAACAUUUGUCACAAUGUCUGGUGCUAUAUCACAGAGUCUACGCUCGCCAGUACGAAGGCUAGCUAAUUUGAGAAGAGCUAACACAAUAUCUACAUCAUUAGUUCAUAAUGAAACCAUUCUAGUUAAGAAUAAUGACGAAUUUGUUAAUAAGGUGAUGAACAAUGAUAAGCCUGUAAUAGUGAACUUCCACGCGGACUGGUGUGAGCCGUGCAAGAUCCUGACACCAAAACUCAAGGAGCUUGUUGAACCACUCACCAAUUUAGAUCUGGCCAUUGUAGACGUUGAGGACAAUGCUGAUUUGGUGCACACAUUUGAGGUGAAGGCUGUGCCAGCGGUGUUAGCGAUAAAGAAUGGCCUCGUCGUUGACAAGUUCAUCGGCCUUGUGGACGCUGACAUGAUACUUAACCUCAUAGACAAGAUGGCGGGGAAGAAGGAGGGCACAUAAUCUAAUACCUGUUCCUAUUUUAUUUUAAGUUAUUAUUAUUGAUAGAGUUGCUGCUCGACCAGCGGGGCUAAAAUGGUCGCAACUCCCACGCCGGUUUUGGCAAUGGUGGCCGGUUUCAUUGCAACCAGUUCCGCAGGAGUAAU